AUGCCCAUUCCUAACCGGAGGCCAGGCCCCGGGGAGACGUACGACGCGAAGUCAAAGCCGCCGCCGUUCGGACACGCACUCAAGCCCUACUUUGCCUUCGACGAGGACUAUGUUAACCUCAACAACACGGGUGCGUUUGGUACUCCGCCACUACCCGUCAUUUAUUCGGCGAUGAGCCUGUCGUACGAGAUCGAGCGUAACCCGGACAAGUUCCGCCGGAUCUUGUACAAGCCUCUGCUCGACAAAUCACGCGAGACUGUAGCGAAGCUCAUCGGGGCUGAGCUCGACGAAGUGGUCUUCGUCCCUAAUGCGACGCACGCGCUGAACACGAUCCUCCGUAACUUCGAGUGGCGCGAAGGCGACGUUAUCGUCGGGUCUACGACCGCCUACGGCGCUGUUUCGAGCACGAUUCGCUACCUCGCGGACCGCUCCGAGCAGCCACGCCCGACCUUCUCGGACGUCACGUACACCUUCCCGCUCACCCAUGCCGAGAUCCUCGAACGCUUCCGUGCGAAGCUGCGCGAGGUCAAGCAGCAGCACUCCGGGACCACGUUCACCGACGUGCCGCCUCUAUCCGUGAGGUACGACGCCACGGCGCGGGGACAAGGGAACAAGAUCGUCGCGGUGAUUGACGCGAUUGUUGCGGUCCCAGGCGCGCUCCUGCCGUGGAAGGAGAUGGCACGCAUCGCGCGUGAGGAGGGCGUGUGGACAGUCAUCGACGCUGCGCAUAGCCUCGGCCAGGAGUAUGGGAUUAACUUGAGCGAAGCGAAGCCUGACUUCUGGCUGUCGAACUGCCAUAAAUGGCUAUGGGCGAAGCGGGGGUGCGCCGUGCUCUACACCCCCAAGCGAAACCAGUAUAUCAUCAAGUCGUCUGUCCCGACGUCGCAUGGAUACGUCUCACCUGGGAGCCCAGAUGCGGGGGAGAAAGGCACUGCUUUCGCGGAGCAGCACGAAUGGACGGGCACGAUGGACCUAGUACCGUACUUAUCUGUUCCCGCAGCCGUCGCCUUCCGGGAGUGGCUUGGAGGCGAGAAGGCUAUCGACACAUACUGCCACCAGCUUGCGCUCGACGGCGGGAAGCGUCUUGCGGAGGUCAUGGGCACGCGCGUCCUCGACGAGAGCGGCGAGCUCACGGCCCACAUGACGGAUGUGCAGCUUCCCCUACCUGUGGAGAAGGCGCACGGCGAGAUCUACUCGCCCACGCAGCUCGGGGAGAUCGAGCAGGCGUUCCAGGACAAACUCCUGCUCGAGCACAACACGUACAGCGCGCACUACUUCCACGCGGGCGCGUGGUGGACGCGUCCUAGCGCGCAGGUCUUCAACGAGGUGUCGGACUUUGAGUACCUCGGGAAGGCGUUCAACGCGGUGUGCAAGGAGAUCGAAGAGACGAUCUUGGCCAAGAAGGCUGCUUGA